AUGCAGGCUAUAUUUGAGAGACUCCUACAGCCGAAAGCAUGGCCAACCAUCAUGUGGGCAAUUGUGCUCGCGGGUCUUGCCUUGCUACUGCACUUGCUGACCACCCGGCCAUCGUUAUCUCAUGCAGUGCCGAAACUCUGGAAGCCCGACGACUUGCCAAUCCUCGGUGCUUGGCGUUUUUAUACCCACCGACAGGAGAUGUACUACACUGCUCAAAGGUCCACCAAAACUGGCAACUUUAGUUUCUUUAUCGGGAAGAAGCAUGUGGUAGGUGUCAAUGGGCCUGAGGGUAGGAGGACAUUCUUUGACUCGAAGGAUCUGGCUCUGAAUGAAGGUUUUAACGACUUGUUCGCGGGAUUACCCGAGCAACCGGGAGGCGACAUCUUCGACCGAUUUUUGAAAAAGACUCUGGCCAGCCUCUUGAAGUCGGACAGCCUCAACAAAAACAUUGGCUUGCUAGCAACGGACUCACGGCGCAUGUGUGAGGCGCUUGCGGUGGCACCUGUCUCAGAUUCGCAACCAGAGUGGAGGGUCAUGAACCCCUUCGACUCUAUGUAUAGGCUGGUCUACCAACUCACCACAAGGACGUUUGGAGCCCGAGAGAUUGCCGAGAACCCCGAGCUUUUGAAUCAUACACUAAGCAUCUUCGAGCAAUUUGAGAGUCGGACCAGUGUCCUUAAGUUGUUCUUUCCCUGGUUACCCACGCCAAACCAUAUCCUUAGAAUGUACAACGGUGCGAGGCUGUACAAGAUAUUUCUCGACAUUAUAAAAAGCAGGGAUAAGUCCGAGAAGCGAGUUGAUGAUGCCUUGCAGCAUAUUCUGGACACCGGAGCCAGCAUCACCCACGUGAUUUCAUUUGAGAUUGGUUCCCUUUUUGCAGGACUUGUAAACACCGGAAUUCAUGCCUCUUAUAUUCCAAUAUACUGCGCUGAGAAUCCGGAGUGGAAGGCUAAAGUCCAAGCCGAGGUUGAUGGCGUGAUUGCCAAGUAUAGAUCAACGCCAGAGCAGUCCCCGGCCAUGGUCUUGAGCUCGCUCAGCAUCGAUCAAUGGGAGAGUGAGUUUCCUCUGAUUGAUCUGUCCCUGCGGGAGUCGAUCCGGAUUGGACAGCCAGGCUCCGGGUUCAGAAAGAACGUUGGCCCUCGUGAUAUCCCCAUUGGCAAUACUGGCGAGGUGAUUCCCAAGGGAUCAUAUGCGGCCUACGUAUUCAACGACGUGCACAUGAAUCCGGACAUAUACACAGACAGUCAAAAAUUCGACCCGGCUCGAUAUUUCCACGAUCGAGCUGAAGACAAGAAGAUGAGUCACACCUAUUUGGGAUGGGGUAGCGGUCGUCAUCCAUGCCUGGGGAUGAGGUUUGCCAAGCUAGAGAUGGUGCUAUGCAACGCUUACUUUUUCGCCAUGUUUGACUUUGAGCUCUCGGAGAAGGAUGGUAGCUUGAGGACCGAGCCAGUUCCACCAGUCGAUGUGAAGCUUCACCAAAUCCGAAAACCUGAUGACCCUAUAUUCAUCCGAUACAAGCCUAGGGUGUACUAA